GUGGUCUGUGAAAACUAACCUUAAGUUCUAGUGUUCUAGAACAAUAUUUCUUUAGUGUUCCCCCUUUUAAUAACGCAGAAAUUUAAUUCCUAAUUUUUUAGUGAAAUUGUAAUAAUAAUUAUUAUAAAAUGUCUACUAUGCCAGUUUCCUCUACGACAUUAUUACCUCUAGAACUAGUCGAUAAAUGUAUUGGUUCACGUAUUCAUAUCAUUAUGAAAAAUGAUAAAGAAAUGGUGGGAACAUUAGCUGGUUUCGAUGAUUUUGUGAACAUGUUAUUAGAGGAUGUUACAGAAUAUGAGACAACUCCAGAAGGUAGAAGAAUAACAAAACUAGACCAAAUUUUAUUGAAUGGAAAUAAUAUCACAAUGUUGGUUCCAGGAGGAGAAAUGCCAGAUAAUUAAUCAUGUGAAUUAAAUUUUUUUUCAAUAUUUGAAAUUCAAACUAUAUUUUAUUGGAGAUUUUCCUAUUAGGUUAAGUAUUCUUGUCACUCACUGCUAAUAUACUUAUCGUUCUGGUUUUGGUAGAAAGAA